AUGGGGGAUGACAACAAUGAAAAGCCCCUACGUGACUACGCAAUGCCGAAUGCUAGUGGCGCACCUUCAAGUAUUGUAAGGCCUACUAUUUCUGCUAAUAAUUUUGAGCUUCACCCUGCUUUAAUUCAAAUAAUUCAACAAGACCACUUUAUUGGCCUAGAUAAUGAAGACCCUAAUGAACAUAUAAUAACUUUUCUUGAGAAAUGCGACACUGUUAAGUUAAAUGGAGUGACUGACGAUGUUAUUCGACUUGGUUUGUUUCCAUUUUCACUUAGAGAUAAAGCUAAAAUGUGGUUAAAAUCUAAUCCACCCAAUUCAUUUACAACAUGGGCUACAUUAUCUCAAGCUUUUCUUAGUAAAUAUUUUCCUCUGGGAAAAACUGCUAAGUUUAGAAAUAAUAUAACUAGUUUUGCUCAAUAUGAUGGGGAGUCUUUAUAUGAAGCAUGGGAAAGAAUCACUAUAGAUGCUGCUGCAGGAGGUGCAAUAAUGGGUAAAACUACUGAAGUAGCUAAUAGGUUAGAAAUGGCUUCUAUUAAUUAUCAUUGGUCUAAUAAUAGGGGUAAACCAAAGAAGCCGUGGCCACCUAAUAAUGAUCCAUACUCCAAUACUUUUAAUCCUGGAUGGAGAAACCAUCCUAAUUUCUCUUGGAGGAAUAAGGACAACAAAAUGCUAAUAAUUGAAAAGUUGGAAACUAAAGUUGAUCAGAUUGCUAUUUCUAAUAGAAAUGUAGAACUUCAACUUGGACAGUUAGCUAAUGCCAUCAAUUCUAGAAGUCAAGGAGCUUUGCCUAGUAACACUGAAGUUAAUCCUAAACAACACUGCAACGCUGUCACUCUUAGAAAUGGUAAGGAGUUAAGUAUCAUAAAAAGUACGAUUAAAGAAAAUGAGGUCGCCAAUGAAAGUGAAAAAGAGAAGGAGAAUUAUGAAGCUGAAAAAGAACCUGAAUUGACACCUCUUCCCCCAUUGAGACCUUAUGUUCCCCCUAUUCCUUUUCCACAAAGACUUAAACAAACUAAAUUAGAUAUUGAAUUUGAGAAAUUCUUGAAAAUGUUUAAGCAAUUACAUAUUAACAUUCCUUUUAUUGAUGCUUUAAUGCAAAUUCCUUCUAAUUCUAAGUUUCUUAAGGAAAUUAUGUCUAAAAAGAAGAAGUUGGAAAAAUAUGAAACCAUUGCUUUGAGUGAGGAAUGUAGUGCUGUGAUUCAGAAAAAGCUUCCCCCUAAACUGAAAGACCCAGGAAGUUUUUCUAUUCCUUGCAUUAUAGGUGAUAUUAAGUUUUCUAGAGCCUUGUGUGAUUUAGGUGCAAGUGUCUCUCUUAUGCCUUUAUCUAUUUGCAAGAAGUUACGACUACAUAAUAUAAAAUCUACCACUGUCUCUUUGCAACUUGCUGAUAGAUCUAUCAAAUAUCCAAUAGGAAAACUAGAAAAUGUGCUAAUUAAAGUUGAUAAAUUUAUUAUUCCUGUUGAUUUUAUUAUUCUUGAUAUGGAUGAGGAUGUGGAGGUACCUAUUAUUUUAGGUAGACCUUUUUUGGCUACUACUGGAGCUAUUAUAAAUGUUAAGAAUGGUAUUUUAACGUUUGAAAUUGGUGAAGAGAAAGUUCACUUCAAUAUAUUCAAUUCUUCUAAAAAGAAUUCACAACGUGAUCUUGUUUGUCAAGUUGAUAUAAUUAAAGACAUGACUAAGAACAAACAUGUAAUUGAUGCUACUAAUGUUCUACUUGAAGUGUGUUUGAGUAAAACAAGUACUCCUCAUAAGCUUAAGAAAGAAAAGGUAAGAAAAGUUUUUCCUCCAAUCAAGGAAUGUUUUUCAUGGAGGAAAAAGGGUGAAUUCAAAACAAAAGGCCACAUCUUCGACAGCCAUUCUGUAUUUUAUUCAGACCGUGAACCAGAUGCUCCCACUCUGUUGCUGCUGUUACUGUUUGCUGCUGCACAGGAACUUCCUGCAUCAUACACCAGGUUGUGUCUUUCCAUCUUUUAG